GGCUGCCCUUACUGCGUGUGGUAGAGAAGGCUUUGAGAUAGGUCUUUGCUUUGGUUGCGAGGGGCAUGGUUCGGCGGCGGCGGGGAGGCAGACGAGCUGUAGGUAAGGGCAAAUGAGACAGAUGUAUACGGAGAAGAGGCCGCCGGCUGGCUAAGAUCGGGAGUGGGCGACCCCUGUGCCCUCCUGCCCCCCGCUCCCCCGCACGCCCAUAUUCACCAUAGGCCGGAUAAAUCUGAUUGUUCUCCAGAGCGGGACGUGGAGCGGGUUAAAACGGAAAUUAGCCCCGUUACACUUUCCUGUUUUUAAAAAAUAUUCUGUUUGAUUUUUCCUGAUGCUUUAAUGAUUAAGACACCAAAACAGUUUUUCCCUCUCCUUAUAAACCCCUCCAAGUGGGCAACACAAGCAAUCUUGCUUUCAGCAUAUAAUUUAGGGAGCUUAAACUCGAAUCUAAGAUGGUAAUAGAUAGAACAUAGGUUUGACAAUACUGAUUUGAAAUAUGUUGACGUUUUCCUUUUUUGGGCCUUUCUACAUUAGCUUUUAUUAGUGUUGAACAGAUGAGUUACUUCAACUGAAGAGGUGAACAUCAAACUUAUUCCUGAAUUACACAUUCUCUCUAUUUUUUAAAAAAGUUUUGGUAUAAACAUCUUAAGCAUUGCUGGAGGAACCAUGGACUUUUCUCUGGUUCUUUUCCCUCCCAUGUUGCGGAUUUUUUAAAUACCUGAACUUGUCUUGUGUAAAGAUUUGCAUGACAUGAUCUUUUAACUGUUAUGAACAGGAAAUGAAAAUUAAUUGCUUAAAGAAGUUGAGUGGAUUAUAAUACCUUAUUGUUUGCCCUUUAUAGGUCACCUGACAUUCCUUAAAACCACCACCUUCCUUCCUCCCCAGCCCAAUUGAAUUGGACACAGAGAAGUAAAUACCUGUACAGGAGUUGAGUUCUACUUCCCCAGCAAUGCACAUGAAGCUUUCAUCUCAACCUGUUAAAAAAGACAUAGUCUCCACUAGUCUCAGUUGUUAAAUGAAUUCCGUGUCACCCACCUCAGUGCAGUACUUAAGCCAGGAAGAGUUGCACCACUCAGAUGGAAGGCAGUUUUUAAAUCCCAGAGCCAGCAGCCAGGGAGGGAGCUAUCCAGGGCUUUUCCCCAGAAGUGUCACCUGCAGCCAGUAUAGUGAACCUGAUGAAGUGGACAAGAUCAAGAGCAAGCUCCUCUCUACCUGGAACAAUAUGAAAUAUGGUUGGACUCUCAGAAUCAAAACCAAUUUCAGCAAGGUUUCCCCAGUUCAUCUGUUUGGACGUGUCUAUCGCUUUGGGGAAGAGGAGGAUGUGGAGCGCUUCCAGAAAGACUUUGCCUCUCGUAUCUGGCUAACUUACCGUCGAGAUUUUCAGCAGCUUGAAGGCACUACAUGGACCACUGACUGUGGCUGGGGCUGUAUGUUGCGCAGUGGGCAGAUGCUGCUUGCGCAGGGUCUUCUUGUCCAUUUUCUUAGCAAAGACUGGACCUGGUCAGAUGUCCUUAUCACUACCAAUUUGACAAAUAUGCAGCCCAUGAAAGUUUCCUCUCUACCCUGUCCCAGCAUCUCCCAUCUGCACCAAACUUCAUCCAUCCCCACUAAUAGGACUAUAGGACCCUGGGAGUUGUGGGCUCAUCGGCAUUCCUGCAGAUCUGAUGAAUUGGAGAAGGAAUGCUACCACCGUAAGAUUAUUUCAUGGUUUGCAGAUCAGCCACAAGCACCCUUUGGGAUCCACCAACUAGUUGAUCUUGGGCAUAAUUCAGGGAAGAAAGCUGGAGAUUGGUAUGGCCCUUCUGUUACUGCCCACAUCCUCAGGAAAGCAGUGGAUUGUUCUAUCGAAGCAGGCAAUCUGGUAAUAUAUGUUUCUCAGGAUUGCACAGUGUACAAAGGGGAUGUGGGAAACCUAGCCAAGAAGAAUAACAGCAGGACUCCAUGGGAUCCUGAGGCAGAAUGGAAAGCAGUCAUUAUCCUGGUGCCCAUGCGGCUGGGUGGAGAGACUUUUAAUCCUGCCUAUGUGGAGUGCAUCAAGGAGCUGUUGAAGUUAGAUUUCUGCAUUGGAAUUAUUGGAGGGAAACCAAAACAUUCACUGUACUUUGUCGGAUAUCAAGAUGACUUCCUGUUAUACUUGGAUCCCCAUUACUGCCAGCCUUUUGUGGAUACCACUAAGGAGAACUUUCCUGUAGAGACUUUCCACUGUAAUUAUCCUCGAAAAACAUCAUUCACAAAGUUGGAUCCCAGCUGUACUAUUGGGUUCUAUGUACGUCACAGAAUGGAAUUUGAACAUCUCUGCUUGGACUUAACUCAGAUCCUAAACUAUGCAGCUGCCAAAGAAAAAUAUCCCAUGUUCUCGGUUGUGGAGGGCUGCGCUCAGGAAUAUGGUUUGGAGGAGAUGUGUGCCCAUUUUGCCCAGCAAACCAUGCAAGUCCAACAGCAUAGUAAACGGGACAGAAUAAAGAAGCCCUCAGCUGAGGAAUUUGUCAUCUUAUGAUUGCUGGCUAGCCGGACCCACCACCUCAGACUUUUUUAUUUAUGUAGAGAUAAAGAUACAGGCUUGAAAUAGAGCUACAUUUCUUAUGUCCAAAAAAGAAAUCUGAGACAGCAGUUGUCUCUGCUUCUCUGACCUGUAGUAUUCCAGCUGUUCCCUAUGGAAGACACUGCAAAAAAAUUUACCUUGGGGUCCCUAAACCCAUAUGCAGACCUAUUCUCAUCUUCGGUUAGGCUGCAACAGAAAGCCGUGACACUGGAAUAAAGCUGCUGAAUGUAAAGAAGGACAUUUAGUACUAAAAUGACAGCCUAGAAUUUUUUUUUAGAAAGGAAACAGUCAGAUGAGGUUCAUUAAAGAGACUAUUGGUUAGCUUCAGAUUUUGCUGAGCACCAGCCUGAAAACAAGAGCUUCCUUUUCAUCAGCACUGGACUUGUUUCAUAGGCCUUUAAAAAGAAGGAU